AUGAACAAAGCUAUUGUCUUUAUUGCUUUAUUAGCACUCACAGUCGCUAAUAUCGAUGAUUCUACUAUGCCCGGUGGAUGGCAUAAUUACAACUUCAGUAAUGGUUUCUAGUUUGAUAACUCUAAUCCUCUUACUAAAAUUUUCAGAAAGCUCUCUGCUGAACUCGAAGAAAAAGGUAUUUCUGAUAUCACAUUCACCUCUGCCACAACUCAACUUGUUAAUGGCUAAAACUUUAAGAUUAGAUUCACUUAUACUGAAGAAGACACCAUCAAGACUGGCUACUGCCUUGCUUAUGUUUCUUUCUCUGGUGAAACCUGUGAAAUCCAUGAAGUUGAAUUAGAAGAAUCUCCUUUAACUUCUGAUAAGGACACUAAGUAUGGUGGCUGGUCUAACUACACUAUUCCUUCUGGUUUUGAAUAGGAUCCCACUCAUCCCCUUAAAUUGGCCAUGGUCAACCUUUCUCACAGAUUAUUUAAUUUGAAUAUGACCUUUGUUAAGUUUGUAAACAUCCAAUCUCAAGUAGUUGCUGGUUACAAAUUUAAGAUUGAAUUCUAAUUCUUAAACAAGAACGGUAAAGAAAGAAUCGGAACUUGUGUAAUUUACGUCAGACCUUGGGAUAAGCACGUUGAAAUUCUUGAAUUAUCUGUUGCUACUCCACUUUAAAUGUCUGCUGAAGAUAAUUAAAACAAGGAUGGUGGUUGGUAAACUUACAACUACAAUCUCAGUGAAUUGUAAAAUGGAACUUCUUCUUUCGCAACUGCUUACAACAAGCUCGUUAAAACCCUUCUCAAGAAAGCCAUCAAGAUAGUAUCUAUUUCUAAUGUUUAAUAAUAGAUAGUCUCUGGAGUUAACUACAAGAUUUCAUUCAUCUAUGCUGAAAACAACAAUUUGAAGGUUGGUCAUGCCAUCGUUUACGUUCAAGAUUGGACUAAAACUAUCAAGAUCACUUCAUUGGAAUUAACUGGAUAAAUCAUCCAUUACUGA